UAAGGAUGCAACAGAUUUAUACAACAGCUGGAGCCACUUCCAUAAAUCUUUUGAAGACUGUUUAGUCUAAGUUUACGCCGCCUAAGAAUCGUUUAGUAACUCUGGGUCAUCGGACGCUUGUAUAGUUGCAGUAUAAAAUCUUUAACCCCUUCCUAGUGAUGUUGAUGAAGACGACAACGCCUCCAGGCUCAACCAAUGCCCUACAGCCAGGGAAUGGGGAUCUGUUUAUAAAGAGGCGUAGGUUCAGGGCACAAUGCCACCACAGCCGGCAGCAGCAGCAUGCAGCAGGAGAACAAGCAAUGUCCAGCACAGGGCUACCUGGAGCUUUUCAAACACUUCGCCACCGAGGCCAUUCACACCGGGCAGGAACCUGAGCAAUGGAAGUCUAUGGCGGUGGUGCCCCCCAUCUUUCUCACCACCACCUUCAAGCAGCACAGUCCAGGAGAGUUUGCGGGUUAUGAGUACAGCCGAUGUGGAAACCCAACAAGGGACUGUCUGCAGAAAGCUGUCGCCGCCCUUGAUGGGGCCAAAUACUGUUUGUCUUAUGCGUCGGGCCUGUCUGCAGUACUAAAUGUUGCCCACCUUCUGGAAGCUGGAGACCACAUCAUCUGUAAUUGUAUUGUGUAUGGAGGUACACACAAAUAUUUUACAAAACUUGGAACAAGAAUGGGCAUGAAGGUGACGUUUGUUGACUGUACUGACCUAAAUUCUUUGGACGCUGCGAUCACCCCAGAUACCAAGCUCGUGUGGAUCGAAACCCCAACAAACCCAAAUGUAGUGGUCAUUGAUAUACAAGGUUGUGCCGAUAUUGUUCACAAGCAUCAAGGUGUGCUUCUGGCCGUGGAUAACACCUUUAUGUCCGCCUAUUUCCAGCGGCCAUUGUCUCUGGGAGCAGAUAUCUGUAUGUAUUCCGCAACCAAAUAUAUGAAUGGCCACUCUGAUGUCCUCAUGGGAUUGGUGUCUGUAAACUGCGACACACUGUACGAAAAGUUAAAGUUGCUUCAGAUGGAUCUUGGCGCCAUCCCAUCCCCUCUUGAAUGCUACCUGUGCAACCGCGGCCUGAAGACCUUACAUCUCAGAAUGAGGCAACAUUUCCAUAACGCUCUGGCAGCGGCCAUGUUUCUGGAGAAGGAUCCUCGUGUUGACAAAAUUCUAUUUCCAGGGCUGCCAUCUCACCCACAGUACGAGCUCACCAAGCGUCAGAGCACUGGAGCUGGAGGGAUGAUGGCAAUUUACAUUAAAGGCAACCUGGAGCAUGCAAAGAUCUUCCUCAGGAGCCUGAAGGUGUUUGCACUCGCUGACAGUCUUGGAGGAUAUGACAGUCUGGCUGCGCAUCCAGCCAUCAUGACUCACGCCUCAGUACCGGAGGAAGAGCGAGCGCGCCUGAAGAUCACCGACAACCUCAUUCGCCUCUCCAUAGGGUUGGAGGACACAGUAGACAUUAUAGAGGACCUGGACCAAGCAUUGCAGGUUGCGCACCCGGACCUUACAAACCCGACCAAGGUGGAGGAUUUACUGCAGCAUCUGAAGCUGAGCUGCUGAAUAUUAUUAACCUUCACAAUCUGAUUCACAAAUAUAAUAGGAUUGUUAUAGUGAAAUACAGUGGGGAUCAAAAGUUUUGGCACCCCAGGUAAAAAAAUGUAUUAAUGUACAUAAAGAAGCCAAGGAAAGAUGGAAAAAUCUCCAAAUUACAGAUUAGACAUUCUUAUAAUAUGUCAACAAAAGUUAGAUUUUAUUUCCAUCAUUUACACUUUCAAAAGUAUAAGUAUUGUAUGUACAGUAUAAAGUGGAUUACCGUAUAUACUCGAGUAUAAGCCGAGUUUUUCAGCACGAUUUUUCGUGCUGAAAACACCCCCCUCGGCUUAUACUCGAGUGAACUCUCCAACCGCAGUGGUCUUCAACCUGCGG